AAUUAUAAAAAGUUACUUGUUGUGAAGAUAUUUCUGUAGACAGAUAACUGUUCGGGUAUGCGCAUAAAAUGUUACAAAAUAACAUCUGGCAGCGUCCGCACGUUUCCUCGAAACAGUUCGCGUUCGAAUAAAAUAAAACUGAUAUAUGUGUGAUGUGCUGAGAUUAUUUCGAAAAAAUUUUCACUGAAAGGAAGAUGUAUUUCAAAACGAUAUUUAUCGGAACUUUAUUCCUGAUUUCGCUAAGUUGUAGCUUAGACUGUGAUUUAAUACCAGACAAUAUAAAGGGACCGAAAAAUAGAAAUGAUAUAGAUCGUUAUAUACUUUCUAUACAAGGCAAUCCAAAAUCGUAUACUCCGAAUCAAAAAUACAACGUUUCUUUAAUGGUGAAUCCUGAUAAACGUCCACAAAAGUCGUUCAGACAAUUCGUUUUAUCACUAGAAUCGAUAGAAGGUACUUCUACUACCCAAUCGUAUCGACCUACUGGUCAGUUUGAAUUCGAAACGGGUCUUCAAAUGCUGACGCAAUUCAGCGAUAAAUGCCCAAAUACCGUGGUAGAAAAUAGUAAAAUACCCAAAAGGGAAAUCCAGGUUAAUUGGAUAGCUCCUCCCGAAAACAGCGGUUGUAUCGCCAUAAAAGCGACAGUAGUCGAAUCGAGAGAGAAUUGGUUCAGCGAGGACGGGCAGUUGACUAAAAUUUUGUGCGAAGACACCGAAAUAGACGAAAACGUUAAACCUCCUUCCGUCGACAGGUGUUGCGCAUGCUCGGAGGCUAAAUACGAGAUAGCUUUUGAAGGUCGUUGGACGAGAAAUACUCAUCCCAGGAAUUUUCCUUCGGAUGUAUGGAGUACGAAAUUUAGCGAUAUAAUCGGGGCGUCCCAUAGAAAAUCUCACUCCUUCUGGAACGAACAACAAUUAGCUAGCGAAGGAUUGAAAGAACUAGCAGAAACCGGAAGUACGUAUACAGUGGAAUCGGAAAUUAAAAAAAAGGGAACGAAUAUCCGAACUAUAAUAAAAGCGAGAGGUCUGCAACAUCCGAACAUAACCGAAUCCUCAUACGCGGUAUUCCGAGUCGACAGUAAGAAUCAUCAAGUUUCCAUAGCAACCAAGAUAAUACCGUCCCCCGAUUGGUUCGUGGGAGUAUCGAACUUCGAAUUAUGUCAAAGUGAUUGUACGUGGAUCGAGUCGUACACUUUGAAUUUGUACCCGAUGGACGCGGGUAUCGAUGACGGAAUCGGUUAUAUGUCGUCUCGACCGUUACUUUAUAAUCAAAAACCGAUCAUGCCGAUCACCCCCAAUCACCCGAACGAUCCGAGAUCGCCGUUUUUCAGCGAAGACGGUAGCCCGAUGAACCCGAUCGCCAAGAUCCACUUCACCAGACAAAGACUCUACGAGAAAUCGUGCGAAACGGACGAAGAUGGAAAUAUGGAGGAGGAAAACGAUUGUCGAACUAACGAUUGGACCGAUUGGACGCCUUGUACUGCGCAAUGCGGUCUCGGAAAACAAACUAGAAUCAGAACGUACGUAGAUAAAUUGGCUUCUAGUGAUUGCUCCUUGGAUUUAGUACAAGAACGACAAUGUUUAGAUACUUCAAGAUGUAAAAAACCCCAUAACCGUUAUUAUUCAACCAAACAAAGUAGUACGGAAGAAAACAAUAGAGAAGAACAAGAAAACGAUACGGAAGAAAAAAAAAAUUCCAACGAAAAAUCUUCGGCGGAAAUAGAUAAAGAAUCGAGCGAAAAUUCUGAGGAACAAGAAAAAGGAAAUGACGUCACAGAAGCGACGAAUUCUCAAGAAGACAACGAGACUGUGAACAAAAGUGAUUCUGAAGUGGGGGAAGUAGGGGAGAGCGGGGAGAAAGCGGAAGUAGGAGAGGGCAGCGAGGAGAGUGGGGAGGACAAAGGAGGUGAGGAAGGUGAAGGCGGGGAAAGUGAAGGGGGAGAGAAGGAAGAGGAUUCCAAUGAAAAAAAUAAUUCCGACAAUACGGACGAAAACGAAACAAAAAAAGAUGGAGAUUCUAACGAGGAAAAAAAAACCGAUGAAGGUGAUGAUGAAGAAACCGAAUGUAGAGUUGGGGAAUGGUCGGAAUGGUCGAGUUGUAGUGCCACGUGCGGUUACGGUACGAAAACAAGAGACAGAAAAUUAUUGGAUGAGAGAAACGAAGAUAAAUGCGACGUAGAACUGCAGGAAAAUAAGCGGUGUAGAGGUGGGAAGAGAGGUUGUAGUAACGGCGACGGUGAUUCGAAUUGUAAGAAUAACAACUGGGGUCUUUGGUCUAGUUGCAGCGUCACUUGCGGUACCGGAAUCAAAAGAAGAUUGAGGUUACCGCCCGGAAGUGACGACGAAAGCGACGAAUCCGAUUGUUCGAAUUCGGAAAUUGUCAAAUGUCACAUUCCGUGCAACGACAAAUCGAGAAUUGGUGAAAGUUUGGUAAUCGAACAGAAACCGGACGGUCGCGUGACUGAUUGUAGAACAACCGAUUGGUCCAUUUGGGGUAAAUGUCAAAUACGCGGAGCCACUUGUGGAAGUGGAACUAAAAAGAGAUAUCGACAAAUAAUGCGUCACGCGGAAAAUGGCGGUAGAGCAUGUCCUAGGAAACUAAUUCAAUCGAAACGCUGCGUCAUUCCUUGCGUUUCGUCGACAGCUACCGAAAACGAACGAGCGCUACCGACGGAGGAAGAGGAGAAAAAGCCGGAGUGUAUAAUGUCCGACUGGACGGCGUUCACUCCGUGCAGUUCGAUAUGCGGAUCAAAAUCUAUGCAAUUGAAAACUAGGAAGAUAUUAUAUAAACCACCGGGGGCUGUAUGUCCUCCGAGAGUUAUCUAUAAACCUUGUAAUUUACCUUUAGCUUGUGCCAACGACGGACGGCCUAUAUUUCGAUGAUAUUUACUAUUUCAUUAUAUAUAAUUGUACAUAAUAGAGUCAAAUAAAUGUAUUAUUUCUCAAAA